GAACCCCAAAGGUGUAGAGUCAGUCUCGAGCCGCGAUCGGUCGAUCUACGAACUCGCGCCGCUCUUUCUCGCGACGAGAGAGCAGUCCCGUAUAGAAUGAUAUAAGAACUCUUCGGAAGGAGGGUGUGUAAUAAAAACAAGAGGUGCGAACUUGAUUCAUAUUCGAUUUUGAAUGUUUCGAUGAUCCCGCCGUGUUUUGUUAAUAAAUGAAAAGUUUUGUUUUGCGCGAUGAAAAUUUAAACGCUGAAACUUUGAAACUGUGUAAAGUUCAUGAAGAAAUACGGUAAUCCGGUGAAAUAACAACAACAAUAACAGACUUUAAUUGUGGUGCCGUUGUCCUUUUCAUUCUGGAUUAACAACAACAACAAAAAAUAGAGUGAUGUUCGUUUUCUCGUAGUUUCUCGUUUAUUUCUUGCCCGAGGUGGUUCGUUCCUCUAUCUUCUGACAGAGAGCACACGGUACCAACUCUGUAACUCUGCGGCCAUAUUGCAUACCUCGCGGAGGGAGUGCGACGGCCUCUGUGUCACAAAUGAGAGAGCGAGAAGGACGCGAGCGUACCUACGGCGUUUCGACGGGUUUCUUCGGUGGAGGGCGCAGGAGGAACCUCUUGGAAUGUUAGAGCUACGCUGCCUCGCGCCGCUGGUAUCUAAGGAAGAGGCAGCAGAACAGGGCCCCGUGAUAUCUAACGCUUAGGCCAUCGGGGCUAAGACGUCGACGACGACAACGAGCGCCUAUAGAAAAUGGUCUUGUUGGCGCUCUUCGGAUUCCUGCUGGUGGCCCCUGGUUCCGGACAAGGUCCCGGUCCUGGCGACUUUGGCUAUGCAAUGCAAUCCCGUGCCGUCGACACGCGGGUCACCCUCGAAAUCACAGAAGGAAAACCAAAAGGGACUUUUGUCGGCAGGAUACCUACGAAGCCAAAUUUUACCUACAGGUUCAACGAGCCCCCGGAUGAAUUCUCUUUGGAUCCCCGUACCGGGGAAAUUAAAACGAACGCUAUUUUAGAUCGAGAAUCUUUGGAUAACGACAGAUACGAUCUGGUCGUUCUAUCAUCGCAACCCACUUAUCCAAUCGAAGUGCGUAUCGUCGUCGUCGAUGCGAACGAUAAUUUUCCGGAAUUUCCCGAGGACGCGAUCGAAGUGUCGUUUUCUGAAAGCGCCGCAGAGGGAACUCGUUUGCUUUUAGAUUCAGCGACUGAUAAAGAUUCCGGGACUAACGGCGUGUCGGAUGAUUAUAGGAUAAUCGGAGGAAAUGAAGAUGAUAAGUUUAAAUUGGUUGUUACACCUAAUCCGACCGGAGAAAAUUCUUACUUACACCUGGAAACCACCGGAAAAUUAGAUAGGGAGGUCCGAGGAGUUUAUUCUUUGAACAUAUCGGCUAGAGACGGCGGAGACGUUCCCAAAUAUGGAUAUCUUUUGGUUAACGUUACGAUACUUGACGUUAAUGAUAAUCCCCCUAUUUUCGAUCAUAGCGAUUACACGGUUUCUUUAAACGAAAGCGUAGUUCCCGGAACCACAGUAUUACAAGUUAUGGCUACAGACAACGAUCUAGGUGAUAACGCGAGAAUAACUUAUUACCUCUCCGAUUACGAACGACAAUUUUCCGUCGAUCCGGAAACCGGAGUUAUUUCAACAACGGAAACCUUAAGUUGCCCGCAGCAAACGUGCCAACAACAAUCUAGCAAACGAGGUGGAUGUUCCAAGAGCUGCGUCUUUACGGUUUUCGCAAGAGAUCACGGCACUCCUCGCCAAGACGGAAGAACUUACGUCACCGUGAACUUGGUCGACGCAAACGACCACGACCCAGUAAUCAGUUUUACUUAUUUCCCACCAACGGCUGGUUUUGCAACUGUCGAUGAAAAUGCCGGGAAUGGAUCGGUGGUGGCUGCAGUUUCUGUAACGGAUAACGAUGAGGGUUUAAAUGGUGAAACAAGCGUCGGAAUCGUGUCCGGAAACUAUUUAAAUCAUUUUCGUCUCGAUCACACUCCUAAUUUUGACAUAGUGCGCGUUAACGGAGUGUUGGAUCGCGAAGAAAUUUCCAAGUACAAUUUAACAAUUGUGGCUAGUGAUAAGGGAAAUCCCCCGCGAACGGCGACGUCUUUCUUAAUCAUUCACGUAAAUGAUGUGAACGACCACGAACCGGUGUUUGAAAAGAGUGAAUAUUCAGCCGUUUUAAGUGAAUUGGCACCUUCCGGAACUUAUGUGGCGGGUAUUAAAGCGACCGAUGAAGAUACGGGAGUGAAUGCGCAAAUUUUUUAUGCUUUCGUGAGUGGAAAUGAAGAAAGGUGGUUCGAUAUCAACCCCCAAUCUGGUUUAGUAACAACCGUUGACGAAUUGGACAGAGAAAUUCAAGGCAGUAUAGAACUAAAUAUUUCUGCAAGAGAUGGGGGACCAAAUCCAAAAUGGGCUUACACUCAAUUAAAAGUAACCAUAUUAGAUGAAAAUGACGAAGCCCCAAAAUUUUCGCAAUCUCAAAUUAACGUAAGCCUAUCAGAAGGUGCAGCCCCACAUACAUUAGUGGCCAUGUUAACGGCUUCGGAUCGCGAUCAAGGAACAAACGGGAGCGUAACAUACAAUCUACAUCCAAUUGUGCAACAAAAAUACCCUGACACGUUUUCGUUAGAUUCCUCAACCGGUCAAUUAACAACCACAUCGAAGUUAGACAGAGAAAAAAUAAGUUUGUACGAAGUGGGCGUGGUGGCUAAAGAUCAAGGUGUCCCUCAAAGAUCUUCAACGGCAACCGUUUUAUUAAGCAUUUUAGACGUUAACGAUAAUUAUCCGGAAUUUUAUCCGUUUGAAUACUUCGGAAUUAUCCGUAAUGAUUUAACUGUAGGAGCUUCCAUUUUAAAAGUAAAAGCGAACGAUUUCGAUGCCGGUGAAAAUGGUGUUGUUACUUAUAAAAUUGAAAGUGGUUCCGAUGGAUUCUUUAACGUUGACGUACGAAGUGGGGUCAUCACGUUAAUUGGGGAUCCAUCAUCGACUCAUAAAACUGUAUUUAAAUUAAAGAUAUCAGCUGUUGACGGUAACGGAAGAAGAGCGGUUGAAGACGCCACCGUUGAACUCAUUAAAGAAACGUAUUUGGAAGAAAUGAUAUUCGAAAAUCAAUCUUACGAGUUUGAAAUUCCCGAAGAUGAUGAUCAAAAACCACCGAAAAUCGGGCGAAACGUUGGAAAGGUGCUGGUUAAAAAUAGUAAUAAUAGAGGAGUUGAAUAUUUAAUAAGUUCGGGUGAUGUUAAAAGAAACUUUCAAAUCGAUAAUAACGGGAGGAUUUUAACAGCGAAAAAAAUUGAUCGCGAAGAAUCUUCGAGUUAUCUUUUGACUAUUUUAGCCAAAUCAGGUACUAAAUAUGGAACUGUUAAUGUGACCGUCAUAGUAUGGGAUUUAAACGAUAAUUUCCCAAUUUUUAUUUCUGAUGAUGCCGAAUCGAUUCCUAUACUUGAAAACUCAGCAGUUGGCCAAGAAGUUUAUAUCUCAAGAGCGCGAGAUUUUGAUGCGGGGAUAAAUAGCAGAGUUUCUUAUACAUUAAGUUACAACCCCGAUGAUCAAUUUAGAAUAUCAGAAACAACGGGGGUCAUUUAUUUAAAUCGCCCAAUCAGAUCUGAACCCGGAACAACCUUAAGCAUUGAAGUAACAGCUACAGAUUCCGGUGAGCCUCAUUUAGAAUCGAAACAUUCGAUUUCGCUUAGAGUUGAGGACGUCAACGAUCAUACUCCAGUUUUCGAUCAUACAUCAUACGAAACUUCUUUAUUAGAAUCAACCCCUGUUAAUGAAAGAUUUUUUGUUCUCUCAGCGAGCGAUGCUGAUCAAAAUUUAAACGGAAGAAUUACUUAUUCCAUAACGGAAGGUAAUUCGGAAGGAAAAUUUGGCGUGUUUCCCGAUGGUUAUCUCUAUGUUAGGAGUGCUUUAGAUCGGGAAAAUAGAGAUUAUUACUCUUUAACAGUUAGUGCUAGAGAUUUAGGGGAACCACCUCGUUCUUCGAUCGUCCCCGUUGUAAUACACGUAAUCGAUGAAAACGAUAACAAACCCGAAUUUACAAAUUCAAGUUUUUCAUUUGAUGUCCGAGAAAAUGAACCAAUUGAUUCUUUCGUUGGAAAAUUAGCGGCCAACGACGCCGAUAUUGGAAGAAACGCAGAGUUGGUAUUUUCACUUUCAAGUCCUCAAAAUGAUUUUACAAUAGACCCGAAAAAUGGAUUCAUCAAAACUUCGAGAGUUUUCGAUCGAGAACAGCUCGUUCAAAACACUGGUCAGAAUUUUAUCAGUUUCGAGGCGAUCGUUCAGGACAACGGAAUCCCACGCCUGAAGGAUAAGGUCAAAGUUAACGUGAGGAUCGUUGAUACGAACGACAACCGACCAGUUUUCUUAAGGAUACCUUAUAAAGUGCAAAUAUCCGAAGGUUCACCAAUAGGUUCGAAUAUCGUCAGAUUGUACGCGACCGAUUCCGAUGAUGGUUUAAACGGCGAUGUUUUUUAUUCCAUCAAAAGCGGCAACGAAGAAGGUAAAUUUGAUAUCGAUGAAGCGACCGGGCAGAUUUUCUUAGCGAAGAACUUAGACAGAGAAGUAACCUCAAAGUACUCUUUGACGGUAACGGCUAAAGACGCUGCCACUACGAAAGCCUUAAGUUCGUCAACCGUCGUCUCGGUUGAUGUGCUGGACGAGAACGACAAUUCCCCGGAGUUCACUCAGACUGACACCGAAAUAACCGUCGUUGAAACAACCGCUGUUAAUACUCAACUGACGCAAUUCAGAGCAACCGAUUCGGACUUAGGCGUGAACUCGGAGGUCACAUUCUCGAUAACGGCAGGGAACAGACGCGAUGCAUUCCACAUCGACCCCACGACGGGCACGUUGUUCCUUCGCAAGUCCUUGGACUUCGAGGAGCUCAGUUUCUACGCCCUGAACGUGACGGCCUUGGACAAUGGCAAUCCGAGACUCUCCGCAACGAUCACCUUCUCGGUAUCCGUCGAAGACGCUAACGACAACCCUCCGGUGUUUCCAAACACGGCUAUAGUUCGACAAAUCCGCGAAGGUAUCCCAGUUAGGACACCAAUUGUAACGGUAACGGCCGAAGAUCCAGACAGUGGAAUUAAUGGAAAUGUUACUUAUUCGAUUUCAAGGCAGGAACCUUACAAUUCGGUUAGACAUUUUGUGAUAAAUACGAUUACGGGGGUGAUUAGUACCGCGUUACCCAUCGAUAGGGAAAAAAUCGACACGUUUCGUUUGACGGUAGUUGCAACAGACGAAGCGUUAACGGGGAAGUUAUCUGCCGAGAAGUUGGUUACGGUUAUCGUUGAAGAUAUCAACGAUAACGCGCCGGUUUUUUCUUCGAUGAACGCCGCCGUGUUACCGACUGGGAGGAGGAACCACCACAGCCUCGGACAGCAACAGCGAUUCACGGGUGACAUUCCAAUAAUGACCAUACUAGCAACUGAUGCGGAUUCAAGUACAAACGGUCUCGUCACUUACGAAUUGAUUACCGGAAAUGCCGAUUUAUUCCAUUUGGACCGUACCACAGGUCUUCUGACGCAAAAGAAACCGAUCCAGAAUCCACAACCACGCUAUCAACUCACGAUCAAAGCGACGGACGAAGCCGUUCAAUCGGAUCGUAAAUCGACAGACGCGUACGUAACCCUGAUAGCGGCCGGAAACAGCGACGACGAAUUGGUGGCGUUCGAAAACGACGUUUACACGGGCAGUGUUUACGAAAACGAACCGAUCGGAACGAGUAUCUUAACGGUUUCCGCGCAUAUGCACGCUGGCGGUGGUGAAAUCGAAUAUUACGUUACGAACAUUACCGGAGGAACGGCGGGAAUUCAAGUCGACAGACUUUUCGAUAUCGAUAUGAAACUGGGGUUAGUUUCAACAGCGGCCGAAUUGGAUAGGGAGGUCGGCAUCGAUACCUACGUAAUUGAAGUGAUCGCGAUCGGCAACCAAGGAUUACCGAGGACUUCAAGUACUAAGAUCCACAUUACCGUCUUGGACAAGAACGACAGCCCUCCCGCCUUCGAGGAAGGCUCGUUACUCUUCAACGUCUCAGAAGACAUGAAUGCAGGCCUCUCGGUGGCUACGAUUAGAGCGGAAGACCCGGAUACGCACGGAAAAUUACAAUAUACUCUUAUAUCUGGCGGCGACAACAGCUUUUCCUUGGACCCGCUCAACGGUGUCUUAACGUUGACUGAUUCACUAGAUCGUGAAACUAAGGACUCGUAUCAAUUGACGAUCAGAGCAAGCGAUGGUGUUCAACAUACCGAUACCACUGUUCUAAUACAAGUUACGGACACGAAUGAUUCUCCCCCGACAUUUACCGAAACGGCGUACUCGUUCGAUGUUCCGGAGAAUGCUCCCAGAGGAUCUCGUGUUGGACAGGUGAAAGCUAACGAUGCCGACUUAGGAUUUAAUUCACAACUGACCUACUCGGUCAUUAGCGAUUGGGCCAAUGACGUGUUUUCUUUAAAUCCACAAACCGGAGUCUUUACUUUAACAUCUAAACUUGAUUACGAAGAGGUACAACAUUAUAUCUUGGUGGUUCAAGCACAAGACGCCGGUCAUCCAUCUUUGUCCAGCACUGUAACAGUGUACUGUAACGUGUUGGAUCUAAACGACAACGCGCCGGUUUUCGAUCCGAUGUCUUACAGCAACGAGGUCUUCGAGGACGUCGUCGUCGGAACCAAAGUGUUUUCGGUGAGCGCAACGGACUUGGAUUCAGGUAAUAACGGAAAGAUCACGUACAGCAUAGUUUCCGGCGAUGAUAGAAACGAAUUUAAGAUCUCUGAAGACGGCACUGUUUCCACGGCGAAACUUCUCGAUAGAGAAACUCAAACGAUUUAUAAUUUGAUUAUAACUGCUACGGAUAAAGCAACAACACCACAAAAGAAAUUAUCGUCUAGCGCACAGGCUACUAUUACAUUAAAAGACGUCAACGACGUAUCCCCCGAAUUUACGUCAUCAAACGAAACAUCAAUCCUAGAAAAUAUCCCUAUCAACACUGUCGUAAUGGCAAUUAAAGCCCAAGAUAAAGACGAAGGUAGAAAUGGUUACGUCGAGUACUACUUAACGGAGAAUUCCUCAAAAGGGGUGUUUUCUUUGGGUCCCGUCGACGGAUUACUUAGAGUUGUUGGUCGAAUUGAUCGCGAAGUUAAAAGCAGUUAUUCUUUAGGGAUUAUAGCCAAAGAUAGGGGAGAUCCAUCAAGGUCAACGAAAGGAAGGAUUUUAGUGAAAGUUUUAGACGAGAACGAUAAUAGUCCGACGUUUGAUCCGCGUCAAUAUAGCGCAUCGGUUGCCGAAAAUGCUUCUAUCGGUGCUAGUGUUUUGCAAGUAUCAGCAACUGAUAUUGAUGAAGGUCUAAAUGGAAGGGUUCGAUAUUCGAUUAGUUCAGGAGAUGAUAACAGGGAUUUUAGCAUUGCUGAAGACACCGGGGUAAUCCGUGUGGCGAAGAAUUUAAAUUACGAAAGAAAAUCUAGGUAUGUGUUAACUGUUCGUGCCGAAGACUGUGCUGCCGAUUUAAAUCCAAAAUCUUCGGCUCGUUCGGAUGCUGCUGAAGUGAAAAUAUCGGUGUCAGACAUCAACGAUAACCAACCGACGUUUUUGGACUCUCCGUACUUGGCUUAUGUCAUGGAAAAUGAGAUUCCACCUUACGGUGAUCACGUUAUUACUGUUAAGGCAUACGAUGCCGAUACGCCACCUUUUAAUUCCCUGGUACGAUACUUUAUCAAAGAGGGUGACACGGAUUUGUUCAAAAUCAAUGCGUCCAGUGGUGAAAUAUCUUUAUUGGGUCCUCUGGAUCGAGAAAUUCGUUCGGAAUAUACUCUUAGUUUAGUCGCAAUGGAUACAGGUUCACCUCCCCUCACCGGCACCGGAAUAGUCAAAAUAAUCGUACGAGACGUCAAUGACCACAGCCCGGAGUUCAAAAGACAAUCGUACGAAGCUUGGAUUCCAGAAAACGUUGCUUCCGGAGCUUGGGUUUUAGCACCUACAGCUACAGAUCUAGACGAGGGCCUAAAUGCAAUGAUUAAGUAUAGUUUAAUUGGAGAUAAUUCCGAAAGAUUUUCGAUCGACCAAUCUACCGGAGAAAUUACCACUACCGUUCCACUCGAUAGAGAAGAAAAAUCUAUUUAUCGAUUAACUUUGGUGGCUAGGGAUUCUUCACCAACAGAACCUAAAGCUACAUCUGUUAAUUUAACCAUAAUGGUUAGUGAUGAAAAUGAUAAUUUCCCAAGAUUUUCGUCUGGAAUUUACAAAGUAUAUCUUCCUGAGGAUAUUAAAGAAGGACAAUUUGUUUUUGGAGCAAAGGCGACAGACGAAGAUGUUGGGGAUAACGGAAAAAUCACUUAUUCCAUAAUUGGCGAACAUUCAAAUUAUUUUCAAAUUGAACCAGAAAGUGGUACCAUCAGCGUAAUCUCUCAUCCACCAAAACCAUUAAAAUCGUCAACCGAAUCCGUCUACAACGUCGAAAUAGAAGCAAGCGAUGGUGGGAAAACGCCAAAACGUGCAAGCGCCGAAUUGAAAAUUUUUUUAAGACCAUUACAUACCUUCCCAAGAUUUUUGUCGCCUAGUGAAAAUCAAAGACAAUUCAAAUUGGCCGAAGAUACAAAAGAAGGAACUACAAUCGCAAGAUUAAGAGCAACAUCCCCUAAGUCUGGUCCAUCUUCAAACUUAAGAUACUCAAUCGCUGGUGGAAAUAUUGGAGACGCUUUAAGAAUUGAUGUCAACACCGGAGAAGUACAAAUUACCGGAAGAGGUUUAGAUUAUGAGACUUCUACGCAGUAUCGAGUUUGGAUUGAAGCAGUUGAUUCUGAUGAUCCUCCAUUAAGAAGCGUUCUUCAAAUAGUGAUUAAUGUUACGGAUUCAAACGAUAACAUGCCGACUUUUUCAAGUCCUUUAUAUAAUGCAACCGCGUUAGAAGAAGAAUCACCGCCACAAUUGGUCGUGAAAGUUUCUGCUAACGAUUUAGAUUCAAACGUUAACGGACAAGUUUCAUACAGGUUAUUAGACGAUCAUGAAGGAUUUUUCGAAAUUGAUUCAGAAAGUGGAGAGAUUUAUACCGCUUCGGUUUUGGAUAGAGAAGAAGUUUCUUCUUACGAACUUUUCGUUGAAGCUUACGAUCACGGAAAUCCUCAACUUUCAGGAUCAACGGUUGUUCUUGUUACGGUUAGCGAUAAAAAUGAUAAUCCUCCAAGAUUUACUCGAUUAUUCAGCGUAAACGUAACCGAAAAUGCCGAAAUUGGAUCCUUUGUUAUAAAAGUAACCAGUUCUGAUAAAGAUAUAAAUGGAAACGCAAACGCUACGUAUGCUUUUGCCGAAAAUCCGGGGAAUAAAUUUACGAUUGAUCCAAUAACUGGGAAUGUAACUGUUGCUGGACAUUUAGAUAGAGAACAACAGGAUGAGUAUUUAUUAAAAGUUGCCGCUUUUGAUGGUGCUUGGAGAGCUGAAACGCCUUUGACGGUUACUAUUCAGGAUCAAAACGAUAACGCGCCAGAAUUUGAUCAGUCUUAUUAUAGUUUUAAUUUCCCCGAACUUCAAAGAGAUGUUGUUUUCGUCGGACAAGUUGUUGCAAAUGAUCGGGAUAAACAUGGUCCGAAUUCAGUUAUAAGUUAUUCAUUACAACGCCCCUCUGAUUUAUUCACUGUCGAUCCAGCUUCGGGAGAAAUCUUCAGCAAAAGAAGUCUUCGAUAUAAAUACACCCAAUUGGAAUCUUCACCAGAAAAUACUUAUCCCCUUACGAUUCUUGCAACAGAUAACGGUAAACCACCGAUGUCUUCAGAGUGUUUAGUUACAGUAAACGUUGUUGAUGCUAAUAAUAAUUCACCUAAAUUCCUCGAAAAUGAAUAUUUAUCCCCAGUUCCAAUUGAUGCAACUCCAGGACAAAGACUACUUAAAGUAUCUGCUAUUGAUUCCUCCGAUUUUGGUGUUAACGCGGAAGUUAGCUAUUCUUUGGAAAAUGGGAAUGGUACGGGAUAUUUUAAUAUUGAUAAAACUAACGGUUGGAUUACGCUAAACAGAAGGAUUAACGCGGUUGGGGAAACUUUCAUAAUAAGAGUGAGAGCUACAGAUGGAGGCGUUCCACCACAAAAAGAUGAAGUAACUGUUACUAUGAUUGUAACCGGAGAGAAUGAGCAUCCGCCGACUUUCACCGCGUUGCGUUAUCAAGUUUUCGUACCGGAAAAUGAGCCUUUGGGUUCAACAAUUUUAACAGUUAGCGCUUCGGAUAUUGAUAGAGGUCCAAAUGGAAUGAUCCGAUACGAAAUUUCCAACGGAAAUGAAAAGAAUCAAUUUGCAAUCGACCCAAUUUCUGGAAUUAUUACGAUUCUUGAGCCAUUAGAUUACGAUAGUAUUCAGGAAUAUCGAUUAAACAUAACCGCUCAUGAUUUAGGGUUUAGAUCGAAAAAAGCAACCGCAACAAUAACAAUUACAUUGACUGAUAUUAACGAUAAUGUUCCAACGUUUAAUCAAACGUCAUACGAAGCCUCCAUAGCGGAAAAUAUGCUUCCGGGAAGUUUCGUUUUUAAAGUAAUGGCUAAAGAUAACGAUUCCCCGAAAAACGCGAUAAUAAAAUAUUCGAUUGUUGGUGGAAGCGGAAGAGAAGUUUUCCAAAUCGAUCAAGAUUCAGGAGAGAUUACAACGAAAAUCAGUUUUGAUUACGAAGAAAACAACGGAUAUGAAUUAAACAUAGUUGCUGCAAAUCCCGAUUCGAGUAUGUACGGAGAAACACUUUUGGUUGUAUCAAUUACGGGGAUUAAUGAGUUUUACCCGAGAUUUACACGUUCAGUGUUCCACUUUGAUGUUUCCGAAUCAACGGAAGUUGGAACUAGCGUUGGAACAGUCCAAGCAACCGAUCAAGAUGCAGGAGAAGAUGGAAAAGUUUAUUAUCUUUUCGUUGGAUCAAGUAAUGAUAGGGGUUUUGUUAUAAACGCGGAAACCGGUACAAUAAGUGUUUCAAGAAACCUCGAUCGAGAAACGCAAAGUCGAGUUGUACUCACAGUCUUGGCGAAAAACGCGGGUGGUAUUCGAGGGAACGAUACUGAUGAAGCACAAGUAAUAGUUUCGAUCCAAGAUGGAAAUGAUCCUCCAGAAUUUUUAGAAGAUGUAUAUGAAGCUCAAAUAUCAGAAGGCGCUUCUAUAGGAACACCUGUAAUCGCAGUAAAAGCUAUCGAUAAAGAUGUUCGAUCCCAAAAUAAUCAAUUCGGAUACUCCAUAAUAGCAGGAAACAUCGAUCGAGCUUUCAAAAUAGAUCCCCAAAAUGGGCAAAUAGAAACCGCGCGAUAUUUAGAUAGAGAAACCGUUCCAUCUUACGAUUUAAUCAUUGGGGCAAUCGAUACAGGUGCUCCUCCGGAAACUGGAACGACCACAGUUAAAGUUCACAUCGGCGAUAUUAACGACAACAGCCCGAUAUUUGAACCAUCUCCCCCAACAGGAAAAAUAAUGGAAAAUGAACCCGCCAAUUCAAAAAUAAUGACAUUAACAGCAAAAGAUCCCGAUUUACCUCCAAAUGGGGCUCCGUUUUCGUAUCGGUUAGUUGGAGGCCGCCAUCAAGAUUACGUCAAAGUCGAUCAACACACCGGAAGUGUUUUCACAACGAAACCAAUCGAUCGAGAAAUAACACCCGAGUUAAACAUAUUAAUUGAAGUUGAAGAUAGCGGAGUUCCUAAAUUGCGAUCGCAACACGCUGUUAAAAUACAAGUUUUAGACCAAAACGAUUGCUCGUCAUCCCCAAGAAGUGUCCAUGUCCUAGUACAUGGUUUCGAAGGCGUUCCAAUAGGAAGAAUCGCCGAUGUUCGUCCAAACGACCCCGAUACAACCGGAGAUUAUAGAUGCAAAAUUAUCCAGCAAAAUCAAAACGCCCAAUCAGUUUUUAGCAUCCCUAAUAAUAAUUGUGAUUUACACGCCAGCGAGGUAACCCCAAAACAAGGUUAUUCCCUCACGAUUCUUGGAAACGACGGAAGACAUCAAGAUGUUGUCUCAACGGUAACCGUCGAGUUUAUGUUAUUUAAUAACUUAACAAUUGAGAAUUCGAUUACGAUUAAAAUUUUAAAUUUAACCACUCAAAGUUUUCUUAUAAAUUACUACAAAAGUUUCUUGGAUAUGCUAAAAACCUCGUUGAGUCCUAAUGAACAAAUCCUUUUAUACCGAUUAGAUAAAAAUGAAGAUGAUGGCAUUGAAUUAACUUUAGCGAUCAAACACUCGAAUAAUUAUCGCGAUAAAAAUUACGUUAUUAAAAAAUUGUUGAAUAAAAAACCCGCAAUGAAUGCUUUAUUCCAAAUGGAGGAUGGAAUUACGAUCGGAUACUCACCGUGUAAAUCUGAUACCUGUGAAAAUGGGGGAGUUUGCGAUGCUGCGCUCGAAAUUAAACCGGGGACAACUUCAAUUACGGAUACUCAAAACAUUAUUUUUUCUUCUCCAACGAUCACCCAUGAUUAUUCUUGUCAAUGUUUAGAAGGAUUUGCGGGGAAGAAUUGUAGUAAACGUCGCGAUCCAUGCGUUCCUAAUCCUUGUAUGGCUGGGGGACAAUGUAGGAGACAAGGUAUUUCUUGGUAUGAUUUCCAAUGCGUUUGUUUACCAUCUCGAGAUGGAAAACGGUGCGAAAAUGAACGAGGCGAUGUUUGCUCGAUGAAUCCUUGCCAAAACGGAGGAAGUUGCCAAGAAAGUCCAGACGGUUCCUCAUUCUUCUGUUUAUGUAGACCUGGAUAUAAAGGAACAAGAUGUGAAAUUCUCGUGGAUACUUGCAGACCAAAUCCAUGUUUACACGGGGGAUUAUGUGUUAGUUUAAAACCGGGGUAUAGAUGUAGUUGUACUGAAGGUCGAUAUGGAAGACAUUGCGAAAAAUCAACGUAUGGUUUUAAGGAACUCUCAUUUAUGAGUUUCCCUUCGUUGGAUGCGGCUACGAAUGACAUCACUUUUAUAUUUGCAACUACAAAAUCGAACGCACUUUUAGCGUAUAAUUUUGGAUCACAAACCGGAGGUCGAAGUGAUUUCGUCGCCGUUGAAAUAGUUAGUGGAAAAGCUGUGUUCUCUUUUGGUGGUGCAAGAACUGCAAUAACAUCAGUUGGAGUCGUAGGAAACAGCGGAAACUUAGCCGACGGAAAAUGGCACAAAAUAACAGCAACAAGAAAUGGACGAGUGAUAUCUUUAAGCGUUGCUGAUUGUACCGAUCACGGUGAUGUUUGCGAAGAAUGUCGUCCUGGAGAUGUGAGUUGUUACGCGGAUGAUAUGGGACCAACAGGAACGUUAAAUUUCAACAAUCAUCCGCUUUAUAUUGGUGGGAUAAGCAGCGCGGAUCCGAUUUUAGAAAGACCAGAUCAAGUACAUUCAGAUGAUUUAAUCGGUUGCGUCCAUUCCGUAUCGAUAAAUGGGAGAGCUUUAAAUUUUAGUAAUCCAAUUGAUUCCCAAGGAAUCGAAAAUAGUUGUACUCGUAAAGAAAAUAGUUUGAAUAAAGAAGGAUGUAUAGAUCGUUGGGAUACAUUUAGUUGUAAUUGCGGAAAUGGCUUGUACGCCCCAAAUUGUGAAGCUUUAGAAUCAAUUGAAAUUUCCGGAGAUGGUUACAUUGAAUUCGAAAUCUCAAAGAAACAUAAAACGAUGCAACUUUUAGAUUCUUUUUAUCAAGGCGGAACUUCUCCGAGCACAAUUAGUCUAUUAUUUAGAACGACUAAAGGUGAUGCCGUUUUGUUUUAUGCUAGCAGUAAUAAACAUUACACUUCCGUUGAAUUAAGAAACGGGCAAUUAACUUAUAUUAGUAAAUCUUCACCUGUUGUAAAUAUGACGGGGUCUCAUAACACCGUAACAGAUGGAAAAUGGCAUAAUUUAACUUUGUAUUCAUACCAAAGAGUAAUUAAAAUAUAUUUAGACGGUGUUCAAUUGGGCGACGAAUUAGAUUCAAUUGGAGUUCACGACUUUUUAGAUCCGUACUUAACUUACUUAUCUUUGGGUGGAGUACGAGGAGAUGUGUACUUCACCGGCAGAAAAUCUUCAUUCCUUGAAGGUUGCCUAGCCAAUUUUACAAUCAACAACGAAAUCCAACCAUUCGCCGGAUUCGGAAGCAUAUUUAACACGGUAACAAAUCACGGAAAAUUCAAAAAAGGAUGCUCUCAAAAGGAUGGUGGGAAUCCCGCUGGAAGCACAGAUCCUCUCAACAUCGGAAUCACCCUCGUAAUCGUCUUUUUCGUCGUCCUUCUCGUCGCCAUCUUAGUUUCUUUCGUCGUGUUCAGAUUGAGAAAACAAGGAAGAGAAAACCACGGUAGUUUAAAGCAAAAUGGAAAUGCCUCGAUGAUUUCAUCCGGAUUGGUUAAUUCGGUCGUUUCUGAUUCAGUUCUUAACAGAAGCGUUCACGGAAACGAUAAUUCAAUGUAUCAUCAUGGUGAAAGCACCGAUAUGAUCAAUUCGUUAGUGAGCAAGAAAUUUAAAGAACGAGAAAUCUUACAGAAUGAAAUUCCGAGACCUCAACGACCCGAUAUCAUCGAAAGAGAAGUUAUGACGAAAAAUCCCCCACUUCCCCCUACAAAUAAUCACGGACAUGAUCACGUUCCAAACGAUAUCAAUUCGGAAAUGCUUCCGGAACAUUACGAUUUAGAAAAUGCGAGUUCUAUUGCUCCGUCGGAUAUCGAUAUUGUUUAUCAUUACCAAGGAUAUCGAGAAGCUGCCGCUGGUGUUCGAAAAUUUAAAGCUCCCGUUAGCGGGUAUCAUCACAAACAUACCAAUUCACAAGCUCAAGGGCAACAUAGACAUUCUCCACAUCAUCCAACAGGAUUUCCACCACGUGCUCCCCCUGUAACAAAUCAUCCAGCUUCAAGACCACCUCAUCAAAGUACACCUUUAGCAAGAUUAAGUCCGAGUAGUGAAUUAAGUGCUCAACAACCGCGAAUAUUAACUCUUCACGAUAUAAGUGGAAAACCCCUUCAAAGUGCGCUUUUAGCAACAACUUCCAGUUCGGGUGGAGUUGGAAAAGACGUUCUACAUAGUAACAGCGAACGAAGUCUUAAUAGUCCUGUUAUGUCUCAAUUGAGUGGGCAAAGUUCGAAUAACGGUCGAAAAGUGGCCGGUCCUCCACCUCCUGUUACAUCAGCCGGUUUAACGGCCGAAGAAAUCGAAAGACUUAAUUCUCGACCGAGAACUUCGAGUUUAGUGUCGACUCUAGACGCGGUUUCUAGUUCAAGUGAAGCUCCGAGACCCCCGGUUUCUAAUCACCAUUUAAAUCAUAUGAGACAUUCUUCUCCGGCGGCUCCUCCAGAUGCGCGGAGAAGUCCGUCGACUACCGAUGACGAAGAAAGCGGAAAUGAUAGUUUUACGUGUUCUGAAAUAGAAUAUGACAAUGCUAGUCUUGCCGGUGAAGACACCAAAUAUAAACCGAACGAAUCGGAAAGUCGCAGUCGAAGUGAUUCUAGUAACAAAAAUAAUAUUCCUCCGCCGUCUUAUGAUGGUUUUGAUUCGACUUCUUAUAGAGGAUCGAUGAGUACAUUGGUAGCAUCGGAUGAUGAUUUAGGUGGACCUAUGUAUCGACCUCCAGGUUCGGCGGGUUCCCCAGCUACAGCAACGGGAUUAGGAUGGGAUUAUCUUUUAAAUUGGGGUCCAAAUUUUGAAUCUUUAGCAGGUGUUUUUAAAGAUAUUGCAGAAUUACCAGAUAGUGUUAACGGGAGAGUGUCGAACUCUUUAAGACUGACAAAUGCCACAAAACCAUCUGAAGAAUAUGUGUAAUAGUAUUUUAAAUAAACUAGUUUAUAUACGAAAAGACAAUGAAAAAGCCAUGUAUUAUAAUAAGUGUAAAUAUUUCUUUUUAUAAAACAAAAGUGAGUCAAGUAUUUUUUUUAUAAGUUGUAAGUUUUAAAUGUGAGACCUUGCAUCAAGGGCUCGUUCGAAAUCUUUUAGAAACUUCUAAUUAUUAUUUUGCGUCAAUUUAGAAAAUUUUAACUAAAACUUUUACGUCUUGCCAUAAGAGAACGAACGACUGCAUUGUGUGUCAUAUACGAAAAAAAGGACGGAAAUCUGUAUAUAUUUUUGUAAAUUAUAUUUGUGAAAAAAAGACAUCUUGUUGUAAUACCACUUAAUACUAUUUUUUGUUUCCUUUAAUUUCGAUGUACAUAAAAGUGAAAAAAUAAGAAAAUUUUGAAAUACAAUAAAAAUAAU